AUGGAUUCUAGUUCUGGCAAACACCCCACGAGGCAUAUUUUGCUCAAGGAUUAUCUGAGGGACGACCUUAGCUCGUGUUCAUCGAGCGGUUUCAAAUCGUUCCCGCGCCGACAAUGCUGCACAACCGUUGGAUUCCUCCUUGAGAAAGAUAUCCAAAGCCAACGCAAGAGGAGGGACACAAUCCCUCGACGCCAGUUAUGGGCUCUGCAGAGAGCUUCGGAAGCUGUAAUCAACGCCAUCAAGUCACUGCCCUGGUCCCAACAGAGUGCUAAAGCUACUGGCCUUCUUUCUAGAAGCUUCUCAAGGAAGCUAUUGAGCAGAAGCUUCUGGAGAAAAGCUCCCAAGGAAGAUGAGGGAAGCAAAGGUGCCCCGAGGUGGAGGAGAUCUUUCCGCGAACUCCUUAUGCAGGAACGAGAUAACCCGACGUUGUCAUCGAAUGAGGAUACCAUAUUCAAUGCCCCAAACACCACCACCUCUUUUAGCUGGGGAGAGAUCGAAUUCGCUUUUUCAUCAGGCGCCACUUCUUCUCAGAGCUCCACAGAUUACGACCUAGUUACGGGUACCAAAGAGACUGCGCCACGUGUCAAGAUAGAAGGAGUAACAACAUCAACAAGGGAUUGGCCAAAAGAGAAAGAACAAUUUAGCCCUGUAUCGGUACUAGAUUGCCCAUAUGAAGAAGAAGAAGAGAUUAAGUCUCAUUUCAAUUCCACUACUCAUUCCUUCAUGGAAGUUACGGGAGCCGAACACAAGCAUAUUCAGAAGAGGCGACAUUUUAAAAGCGUGGCUUCACUGGAGCCUGUGGUUUUAGAGAAAAGGAUCGCAUUGUCAGAACUGGAGGAUGGACCACACAACCAUUCUGGAACUCAAUGUUCAGUAUUAGUGCCAAAUAUGUGUACCCAAAAUGGAAACAGGAACGUGCGUCAAGACAACAUCGAGGAGAAUGCACGUGACCUUGUCAACUUAGUUAAAAGGUCAAUUCCAUCAAACAGUUGGAAAAUUAAGGUAGCAGAGAACUUGCUGUUUGAUUACUUCAAGCAGAGCAUUGGGGAAAAUAAUGAUAUUGAUCAUUCAAAGAAGCUUAACAUUUGCAAGAUAGCCGAGGAUUGGAUAAGUGGGGAACCCCAAGAACUGUAUUUGGGUUGGGAAGUGCAGGAAGGAAGGCGUGUCUACAUUAGGGAGAUGGACAAGUGUAAAGAGUGGAAAAACACUGAUCAAGGAAUACAACAAUUGGUUCUGGAUCUGGAAAACGAGGUUCUCACUAGUUUGGUUAACGAGCUAGUUCUUGACCUCACGAAAUGCUAG